AUGAAGGAGGAUGAAAUCUCAACUACCAAUAAGGUAGAGCGCAUGGAGGAGAGUCCGUCUCCGACCUACGCCCACAAGGAAGAGCAGACCGAUGUUGAGGGCCGCUCUCGUGGGAAUCUCAAUGCUGUCUUUGAGAACCCUCUCGCUGGGAUCCCUCGUGAGCAACUAUAUAGAGAUGUUGAGGAGUUUUGCACCAAGUAUAACUUGAUAGAUCAUGUGGAGACCUUCAAGAAGGGCGCUCUCAUUUCGCAAAAUCCUGCGUCGGCAACUAGUCUUCCAGAGUUAUCGGAGGAUGAGAGAACGGCCCUCGAGCGUGAACAUACCCAUAAGUGGUCACAACCAUGGCAACUCUACUUUCUAGCUUCAAUGUGCUCUCUCGCCGCAGCUGUGCAAGGUAUGGAUGAGACAGUCAACAACGGAGCCCAGGCUAUCUACUUUGCUGAAGAUCAACUCAACAUCACUUCUAAAAAUAUCCAAGGCCUUGUUGUUGGCGCGCCAUACUUAGCUUGCGCGAUUGUUGGUUGCUGGCUUACUGAGCCUCUGAACCGUUUCUUUGCCCGACGUGGUACAAUCUUCAUCUCGUGCGUGAUUGCAGCUGUUGCGUCAGUAUGGGAAGGUGUUGCAAACUCCUGGGUCAAUCUCUUCAUUGCUCGCUUUGUUCUGGGUCUGGGUAUCGGCUCGAAAUCGAGCACAGUGCCUGUAUAUGCCGCGGAAUGUUCCCCGGCCCCAAUUCGAGGUGCUCUCGUUAUGAUGUGGCAGAUGUGGACAGCCUUUGGUAUCAUGCUUGGCAACAUAAUGGGUGUGGCUUUCAUGAGCUUAGACCGAGACCUCAGCUGGCGUCUCAUGCUGGGAUCCACUGUCGUUCUACCACUGAUCGUCUGUGCUCAAGUCUACUUCUGCCCCGAGUCUCCAAGAUGGCUGAUUCAAAAAGGCAAAAUUCCAAAGGCAUAUGAAAAUUUCCGUCUCCUUCGUCCCACAGAUAUCCAAGCCGCGAGAGACCUAUAUUAUGCACACGUUGGCGUUGAGAUUGAACGCAAGGUCAACAAGGGCAAGAAUUUCUUCACAAUGUUCCUUGAGCUGUUUACUAUUCCACGCAACCGCCGCGCUACCCUCGCUAGUUGGAUUGUGAUGUUCAUGCAGCAAUUCUGUGGAGUCAACGUCAUCGCAUACUACUCUACCUCCGUCUUUACCGAGGCAAGUUACAGUCUGACGAGCGCACUACUGGCAUCCAUGGGAACAGGUAUCCUCAACUGGGUAUUUGCACUGCCAGCCUUUUUCACAAUCGAUACCUGGGGUCGCCGGAAUCUGUUACUUUUCACAUUCCCAUUCCUCGCCAUCACGCUUCUCUGGACCGGCUUCUCUUUCUGGAUUGAAGAGGACAACGAAACCAGCAAAAAGAGAAUUGCAAUGGUGACAACAGGCAUGUACCUGUUCGAGAUAUUCUAUUCACCCGGAGAAGGACCUGUGCCAUUCGCGUAUGCUGCCGAAUGUUUCCCACUGCAAGUUCGUGAUGUCGGCAUGUCGUGGGCUACAGCAACUACUUGGUGCUUCAAUUUUAUUUUAUCCUUUACUUGGCCUCACCUCGUUGAUUCUUUCAAACCUCAGGGUGCCUUCGGUUGGUAUGCUGCUUGGUGUGUAAUCGGCUGGUUUCUGGUUCUGUUGUUCGUGCCUGAAACAAAAGCCCUUACUUUGGAGGAAUUGGACCAGGUUUUCUCCGUGUCAACUCGCAAGCACGCUUCGUACCAGAUCAAGAAUGCUUUGUGGCAUUUCCGUGUUUGGAUUCUUCGCCAGAAGCUGGAGCCUCUGCCAGAAUUCUAUCAAGGUGCCGAGCGUCUCGCGGAGGUGGGUGACUCAGCAGCGUUCGCGGCAAAUGGGAAAGUAAAGAAGGUGCAUAGUCACUCCACUAGAUGA